CUUGUCGAGCCAGAGAGGCGGGGCUUUUAUAGCUGGGAAACACCGGGCCCAGGUGCUUCCGGCUAUGCCGAUUGGUCCAACCCGCAAGUACUGCUGCCUUAAAAGGAAGAGGAAACAUUAGAGCCACUCAGGGGACGGUCACACUACAGUAAUAUAUCAGACAACUGAGUGCAUUAAUAAGAGAACUUAAGCAGGCAUUUAAAAGUAACACAACACAACUGAUUCCUUUUAUAUACAGUAAUUGUUUAAGUAACCCUCCCAAAAGUGAUAAAGGACUGAAAGACUGAAAUACAAGAUGCGUUAUCUUUCCUUUCGCUCUCGGGCUUCUCUCCUCCUCUUUCAGGAAAAUUUUUUUUUUUGGUAAAAUCUGUGGAAAAGUUGCAGUGAUUGGACAAAAGGUUGUGCAGAAUUCACAGCAUUGGUUAAAUUUAUGGUAAGCGUUGUGGUCGCAACUUCUUGGAAGAACUGAUGUACUGCUACUGUUCAAUAAAUUCACUUCUUAACCAGAAAAAACUUUUAACUUUUUACAUCUCUAUCAUGAAAUUAUAUUAUAAUGAAAACCUUGCUGUGUGAAGGAGUUUCUUCUAUGAUGUCUCAGUCGGAGGUCACUAUAGUCACUCUGAUGGGACGACAUGACGCUCAACAUAAGAGGUCAAUCCAGCAGAGAGCAGACUCUCUCGUGCCCAGCUGUCUGUCCAUGAAGUCAGACCGCUCCAUGGACUACCCAAUGAAUUUUAAAACGAAACAAGACCUUCGAAAUGGAAGGCCAAUGAGGCAAAGAUCAGAAUCCCUACCCAGCUGUCUGUCCAUGAAGACGGACCGCUCCAUGGAUUACCCAAUGAAUUUUAAAACAAAACAAGAAAUAGACAACCAUGAGUAUUUCAAGCCUCAGUCUGUCCAGGAGCAUCAAACAGACAUUGGCUCCAUAUUUAUGCUUCUUGAGAAGAACAUCAUCAAAUUCGUGAGGACUGAAUUAAAGAGGUUCCUGAGACUUCUGAGUCAGGAACAACCAGAAUGCCUUGGGAAUCAGAGGGAGGAUGAGGAAGUGGUAGAUGAGGAGGAAGAGCAGAGGAGGAGGAGCAGAGAGGCAUUUCUGAAGAUCACAGUGCACUUCCUGAGGAGACUGAAGCAGGAUGAGCUGGCUGACUGUCUGCAGAGCAGUAAAACAGACUUGUUCAUUAACAUUCACAUUAUUGAUGAUACUCCAUUUGUUGGAUAGAACUUUUUUUGUUUGUUGCUUAACUGCUCCAGCUGUCCAUUUUCCGCUACUUAUCCAGGUUUGGGUCGCUGUGGCAGAAGGCUAAGCAAAGUAACCCAUACCAUUACACUUCCUCCAGCUCUUCCUGGGGGAUAGUUCCUCACUCUGGGUCUUAAUCAGGGUCUCCUCCCAGUUGAACAUGUCUGAGAUGCCUUCACAUAGAGGCGUCAUGGAGGCACAGACCAUAGUAUGGAGGAUGGACUCAAUAAUGGCACCAUUAUUGUCUUCAGCAGGUUGAACUUGCUGAUGUUCAGCUUCCACUUGAGGUCUUCGGUGCUCAGGAAGAAAAGGGAGAGCUGGGUUCUUUCUGUAGUCCAGAAGAAAAACAUCACUACUCUCAACAUCACUACUAGGGUGAAUGUGGCAUG